UAAACAAAACAAAUAAAGGAGGUCAAUAUGUUGCACAACUAUAUGUGCUUAAAGAGGGUGGAUACCAAAAAUGUCAAUGUAACAAAACAAACAUCAAUGUUUGGAGAGAAUAAGUACAAAGAGAACACUUAGAGAGUCAUAAUUAUUGCUUCGAGCUGUAGGAGUACAGUAUCAUGCUAAAGCAUGUAAUUAUCUAAAUAUUUCACACCAGGCUGUGAUAUCACUACUCAUCAGUCCAUAAUCAACAUUUACCUAUCUAACAAUCCCUCCGUACAAGAAUGUAAAUAACAAGGCCUAUAAUUCUACCUAUUACAACACACGCUUUGGCAUGUGAAUUUAAUGACAGUUUCUCCUGUUUGCCCUUGUUUAUCUUCUGUCACUCUUCAACAUUUAUGACUAAACAAUCCCACUAAUUAUCUGCCUCUUAUUACCAAGAUUAAUACCAUGAACAGCAUGGUCAUUUCCUGCUAGUAAUCUCUCGUUUUUAUCACUUCCCACUGUUAGGAAGUAUUAGUAUUAGUCUAGGGGUCCUUAUUAGUCUAUUAGUAUUAGUCUAGGAGUCCUUAUUAGUCUAUGUUUACUUUCCUUGCACCUCAAGUCAUGUGUAAUAUAUAUAUGUCCCUUGAGUCUUCAAUACAAAUAAGUUGCUUUCCUAACAUGGUAUUAGAGCCUAGGUUUAGGUCUCCGGACGCUGCAACUCGUCUUUACGAUCCAACUUUUUUUUUCUUCCUCUCGAUCGAUUUGUUCUGGGUCGAUCUCGUCUCCUCCUAUCGGUCCCCGCUCGAGGUCUCUGCUCGCCCUGCUCCCCGAACAAGAAACCCUAGCGCCGCCGCUCGCCGGCGAUGGAGGCACCGGACGAGGAGGCCGAACUGGGGCUCCCGGAGGACGAGCAGCUUAUGGAGGUCACCAUCAUCUCUGCGCAGGGGCUGAAGCCGGCUUCUGGACUUCGGCGGCGGUUGCAGGCGUACGCCGUGGCGUGGGUUGACACGGCGCACAGGCUCCAAACGCAACCCGACCGCUCUGGCGGCCUCGAUCCGGCUUGGCACGAGCGGUUCCUCUUCCGCGUGCACGAAGCCGCGCUCGCCGAGGAUUCCCGCGCUGCCGUCACCGUCGAGAUCUACGCCUCACCGAACGGGGCCUGGCACAUCGGCGGGGACUCCCUGAUCGGAUCAGCGCGGUUCCUCUUUCCUAACACCCACCACAUGAUAAACUAAAAAAUACCUUAUAGUUCUUAAUGGGGUAGCAGUAUAGGGCUUUUUAUUUGGCUUGAAAUACCAAAUUCAUAUCAUCUAACCUGUCCUUAUUGGAUUGAAACAAUUGAACUAUUAAAAGGGAUCUUUGCAGAAAAUUCGAAAGUAAUGUUUAAAGAGGCACUAUAUAUGAUAUGAACAGCACAACAAAAAAGUACUACUCCCUCGGAUCCAUAUUAAUUGUUGCUGAUUUAGUACAAUUUUUUACUAAAUCAGCAACAAUUAAUAUGGAUCGGAGGGAGUACUACUAAUUUAUGAUAAACCCAAAUAUAAGUACUCCUGGAGGGAACACACAUAAAAAUAAAUGAAGAUAUUAUUUCUCAUAACAGUUCAAUAGGCACUGAUAACAAUCAAUAUACUGCACACCAUAUACAAAACAAAAA